CGAGACUCAAGCCGAGCCGUCCCGUCGCUGCGCGCCUCAGUCUGCUAGUCCGGGCAACGGGACUCCAGCGCAGUCUCCCAGGGGGGUUGCGAGGAUCAGCUGAGAGACUACAAAGCGCCUGGCACCUGGGAGUGGAGCAGAAAAGCUGUUAGCGCCGCGGCAGCCUGGGCUCGGGCCCGGCCGCCAGCCCCCUGCUCUGUGGCCCUCUGUUGGCACUGCCUCGUCCUGGAGCGGGGCCCGCUGAGGCCUGCCUGGCCACGUGCCUCCCUUCCCUCCCUGCGCGUGCUUGGGGAAGCCCUGCCCCCGUACCGCCCUCAACUUUCUCCCUCGGCCGGGCAGAAGCUUCCAGAGCCCGGGGCCUCGUGACUGCGAACAAACUUGUAAAACAACUUGGGAUCCCCACGGCUUGGGCCAGGCCGAAGGUAGCCAAGGUGCCCCUCCGCUGGGGGAGGGAGCCGCGCCCGGAGGUUAAUAGUGGCGCCCUAAGCUUCGUGCACAUCCAAAGGCCUCUCCUGCUCAGUCUGACGUGCCAAGCAGGAAAUAAACAAACGUGCGUCUAUAAAGCACGCCGUGUCGCCUAUGAUCCGGGAACGGAAGGCACUGUCCUCAGGGGGUCGGGGAAGGCCUACGUGCAAGGUGGAAUUUUAGUGGGGACUUGGAGGAAGCCAGAGCCCGAGGGAGAGCCUUGCAGGCUCGGUGGCACGGCCUGGGCCAAGUGCGGGACACAUUGGUGGGGCCCGCGCAGGCCCAAGGCUCCCGCUGCAUGGAAAGAACAUCCAGGGGAGGAAGAUGUAACAAGACUGGAAAAGUAGAUGAAGAUAGGGACCUUAUUGCCUUCUCCAGCGAUGAGGAGCUGUGCAUGGGUAUGUGCUACGUUAAAGAAGGCCUCUUUCGGAUUUACAUAAAAGAGAAGAAAGAAUGUAAGCGGGAGCAUCGUCCCUCUGCCCAGGAGGCUCCCAGUAACGUGGUGCAUCCCAACGUGAUCUGUGACGGUUGCAACGGGCCGGUGGUGGGGAACCGCUUCAAGUGCACCAUCUGCCCCGACUACGACCUCUGUAGCAGCUGUGAGAGCAAAGGGCUUCACAAAGAGCACAACAUGGUCAUCUUCCAAAAUCCCAUCACCGCCUACCAGCCUGAGUGGGUUUCCCGCCGACGGUGGUUUCAGAAGGUGAGACAAGGAGGGAGUAUUCCCCCUUUUGGAUGGAUGCCAGGCUGGGGAUUUGUUUCUUCUCAGUCCCUCAAUCAGAAUGUUCCGCAGGCACAACCUUGCGCAACUCCCUGCAGCUCAAGAGCAGAACAAGCUAGUACUAAUUCACAACAGGACCCCAAUGUCACCUUCCUGCAUAAUGUAGGUGAAAGUGUGGCUGCUGUUCUUGGCCCUCUGGGUAUUGACGUUGACAUUGAUGUAGAGCAUGGAGGGAAAAGGACCAAGGUGACUCCAUCCUGCUCUCAGUCUUACAGUGAGAAGAAUAGUCCUCAGCCAAGUGACUGCUCGUCCAGCCAGAGCCAAGCCCAGAACUCUGAAAUGGAGAUGGCGUCCCUCUCUGAGCAGAUGCAGAAGGUCGUUGUGAAGUGUUCAAUGCAAGUGGAUGAGCGCCCAUCCUCAACCCAGGACCAGACCGAGGCUGGUAACAGUUCAGGAGGAGAUGAUGACUGGACUCAUUUGUCUUCCAAAGAAGUGGAUCCUUCCACAGGUGAACUUCAGUCCCUACACAUGCCAAAAACAGAUGGUCCCCACUGCGUGGGCCAUUUCCAAGAAGGGCCCACGGGGCUCAGGGAAGCUGCCUUAUACCCACAUCUUCCACCAGAAGCAGAUCCACGCCUGAUCGAGUCCCUCUCCCAGAUGCUGUCCAUGGGCUUCUCCGAUGAGGGCGGCUGGCUCACCAGGCUCCUGCAGGCCAAGUCCUUUGACAUCGGGGCUGCUCUCGAUGCCAUCCAGUACUCCAAGCACCCGCAUCAUGCCUGUUAAGAGUUCUGCUCUUAACUCCCUCAGUUCUCAGUUGCUUUCCUGUAUCCAUACCACACUGACCUGUUGUCAGUCCCAGUUUCUCUGGAAAUUAAGCUUAUCUUUGAAGUUUAGUUCUGUGUUCACUUUUUGCUUAGGCCAUCAUGAGCAUCUGUGCACCCACCUCUGACCGUCGUGUCAUUGUUUCAUGGGGGAGGCAGGAAAUAGAUUGAGGGGGACCGGCUCACCUUGGGCCUUGUUUCUUCACUGCUUUGUGAAGGAACAAAUUUGUGAGGAGGAGGAGAAGACAGUCAGGUAGGGGAAAUGAAGGGCCAACUUUGCUUUGUUUCAGUGUUCCCUUAGCUCUGUAAGAGAACUGGUUUGUGUCAGUUGUCUUAAAAUUAAGUGGUGUUAACCUUUCACCUCUGUAACCAAUUCUGCAGUUAACGUGAAGAACUGAUGUUGCUUUCUUUGGUGGAAAAAUUGCCAUAUCCAACACCAUUCAUUCAAUAAACAUUCAUUCAGCCUUUUA